AUGGCAGACGUUGCUGAUAGUCUCAACACCACUUUUUUGGCCAUUGGUGUUUCAGUGAUAGGCGUUGUUUUCUCAAUAUUUAUUUACUUCAAAUUUUUCUGCUUUCGGAGGGCUAAAGAAAGUCCAGCCAAAAGUUCUCAAAAGAAGGCCAAAAAGUCUGAAAAAAAGUUAAGUCAGCCGACUAACAAGACUUCUAAGUCCCCAGCUAAGUCUCAAUCUCUACCUCAAAAGGUUGCCACUCCAAAGUUAAAGGAAGUUGAAACAUUAAAGGAACAGGCGUUGGCAACGACUGAUGAAGAAGAUUGGGUAAACGUUAAGCCUGCUAAGGCAUCACAUACCCAGGCUGCAAAGCCAACAAAGUCUCCAAAGCAGGAAAAUCAACCAAAGAAGAAUCAGCAGCAACAACAAGGAAAGAAAGUCGAAAAAGCUGCCAAAAAGAACAGUAAAGUUGAGCGAAAGAAUUCUUCAGAUGGUAGCCCUGCUCCUUCCUACUUCAUUCCUCCCCAAAUGGAGAAACCAGUUGAAGAAGAAUGGCAGGAAAUAACUUCAAAGAAAAAGAGACCACGAGCCAGGAAGGAGUGA